CAGCAAACCUACAUACUUAAUUCCUGCUCUGCCUAGGGAAUACGGCCUACUUAAGAUUGGUUGAACCAACACCGAAACCCGCAUCUACUGCUGAAGAUAGAUCAAACCACAUUUACCAACAGGUCAAAGUCACGAUCACUAUGACUAGUAGUGCCACAUUCAGAUAUAAACUCGCUCCUUAUGGCGAAGCAAUGAUUGGACAGGGUGCUUUUAGCGUCGUGUACAAAGCAACUGAACAAGAGUCUGGAAGACAGGUGGCUAUCAAGAAAUCGCGUGUCUCCAAGCCGGUGAAGCGACCCACUCUCCAGCACGAGAUCCGCGUCUUGCAAUUUCUGAGGGGUCAUGCCGCUAUUCCCGCCGUGUAUGGGUACGGCCGGCUAGAGCAUUUCGAAUGCAUGUCUAUGGAGCUUUUGGGCCGCAACCUUGAGGAACAGCAGGAAAAUGGCGCUGGUCUUCUACUGAAGACUGUCAUUCGAGUUGUGGAUCAAGCACUUGCUGCACUACAGCACAUCCACUCGUUCGGUAUUGUACAUCGCGACAUCAAGCGUGAGAACUUCCUUUGCGUGCUUGACGAUCCUUCCACAAUCAAAAUCGUUGACUUCGGUAUCUCGAAACCCUUUGCUCAUGGUCAACCUAGCAAGUACAAUCCGCUCAAGGAUCGCCGACACAUUGUCGGAAGUCUUGCCUGGGCAAGUUUGAAUUCUCAUAAUGGAGUAGAUCUUGGCCCGCGUGACGAUCUAGAAUCUUUAGCUUACACUGCCCUUUUCCUUCUCCGCGGAAACCUCCCAUGGAGACCUCGUCCGCGCACAGAGCCUCCGGUGCGUUCGCAGGAGAUCGUCCGACUCAUGAAAUCAGGUUGCUCAGGUUCGGCCUUGUCUACCGGCUUUCCCGACGAAUUCGGCGAGCUGCUCACCUACAGUCGCUCCCUAAAAUUCGAUCAGCUUCCCGAUUACGGGGCCAUCGGGCGUUCAUUUACAAGUAUGGCUGACAGGAUGGGCUGCUUCGACAGUGGGCCACUCGACUGGACGCCUUGCUAUCCGAAAACUACGGGCACUCUUGCGGACGAACCCGAGGUGUCAAUUCCUAAUGAGGGUGAGGACAAUGGUAGUGGCGGUAACAAGCUUGGAAUGUUCGCUUGAUUGUUGGUCCAUCCUACUAGUAUUCCAUUUAUAUACAUGUCCAGAUUCCUCAUCGCAGCCUACCAAAGGAGUUCACUUUGUUGCUGGUUCGCAGAGUGCUAUUGCCAAAUGCAUCCAAUUGCACACCUCAUCACCACUACGCAUGCAUUGUCUUGCAAUCGCUAGACAACCCAACACUGUUUGAUACUAUUGACACGAGGCGAACAAUCCUUGGGCGAGAAUGCGAGAAUGUGAACAUAACCUGCAUCGUGAUACGUGCGGAAAGUUUCAGCCUUGAGAGGGACGCUAAUCUUUAGUUUAUCUUCUACUGUAGGGAAUAAUGGUUGAAAGUCUUUCAAUCUUCAAGCUUUGGGACAACAGAUCUGUCUUCAUGCAGAAUGUGCGUAUUUCUGCCCUGGAUGAAUCAAAGGUUGUCGGGAAGCGGUUACUAUGAUUGCUCUAAUUGUGGCCGAAAUUCUUCGGAGAGCUGGCGCGAAACCGAAUGCCAGAUACACACGGAACAAUUUCUACCUCCGCAACUAUUUCUAGGAAAGAGUUAUGAUAGAUGAAUGGGUUGGAUUAAUAUACCAACAGAAACAGAUCAUACAGAUGCUG